GGGCGGGGCUGAGAGCCGCCGGCUGGAGACAAAGGGAGCAGGCGAGUGGGAGGAGCCAAGCUUCUUGCGGUCGGUGCCUGCCAGCGGCUGGCUCGGAGAGGCGUGGCCAGAGGAAAAGGGGCGGAGACUGAGGUGCCAGGCACGGAGCUGACGGGGAGGCAGCUGGAGGCUGGAGCGAUGGCGGAAACGGCGGCCGAGAAAGAUUACUACAGGUUCCUGGUUCUUUUCUUCAACUGUCUCCUGACCUUUGGAUCCUACUUCUGCUUUGAUAUCCCCAGUGUCUUGCAAGAACAGUUCCAAGGGAACCUGACCUGUCCAAACGGAACACACUCCAAUGGCACAGAACAGAAUGGAACAGUCGGCUGUGUGGAAGGGCUGGGUAUGACUCCUGAAGAAUACAACCUCCUGUAUGCCAUCUAUGCCUGGACCAACGCAUUGGUGGUGAUCAUGGCCGGUUUCUUGAUUGACAAACUGGGGAAUCGCUUUGGCGUCUUCGUCUUCUCUUUCCUCACCGUGCUGGGUUCGUCCAUUUUCGCGCUGGGCUCUCACUUUAAAGGAACUCCAUACCUUUUGCCACUGAUGCUGACGGGCAGGUUGCUUUUCGGCUCUGGAAACGGGUCGCUCACCAUUGUGCAGAAUCGCAUCACCGCCUUCUGGUUCAAGGGGAAAGAAUUGGCUCUGGCCUUUGGGUUGACCCUCUCCUUCUCCCGCCUGGGUAGCGUCCUCAACUUCUUUUUCACGCAGCAGUUCGAAAGCCACUUUGGCAUCCAGUGGACUCUUUGGGGAGGUACCUUCCUUUGUGUGAUGGGCUUUCUUUCGGCCAUCGCGGUCAGCGUGCUGGACAGAGUCGGCAUGAAGCAGCUCGGCAUGGAUGGAGUUAUUCAGCAGGAGUCCAAGAAAGUGCGAGUCCAGGACGUCCGGCGUCUGCCUCUUCGCUACUGGCUUCUGGUCCUUACCAUCAUGUUCUUCUACAACGGAGUCUUCCCUUUUGUAGCAGAUGCGAGCAAAUUUAUCCAAGACAAGUACCCCGGCUACAGCCAACAAACGGCCGCGUACAUUGCUGGUGCAGUAUACGACAGCUCUCUUGUGCUCUCGGCAUUAGUGGGCAUACUUAUUGACUACGUAGGUCUGCGAGGCGUGUUUGCUGUGGGCUGUGCAGUUCUGACCCUGCCCGUCUUUGCUCUUCUGGCCUUCACGUUUGUUCCCCCGCUCGUCUCUACUAUUUGGUUGGGCAUCACCUACUCCUUUGCAGCAGCUAGUAUGUGGCCCUCGAUUCCACUUGUGGUCCCUCAGGCGACCUUGGGCACCGCUAUGGGGCUUGCGACGUCCGUACAGAUGGUUGGAAUUGGCCUCUCCAAUGUGAUCGUGGGACGGAUCCUGGGAACGAAGUCCAGUGAAUUAAAGAUCCCGCUUUGGCGCUGGCAACAGAUGAUGGUCUUCAUGCUGGCAAACACCGUCGCUUGUAUCGUCGCUUCCGUCAGCCUCAACAUAGUGGACAAGAAGCAGGGAGGAACGUUGAACCGCAUGACCAAACGCUCGUUGCCAGAACCGCCGGCCCGGCAGCCUGGGGAUACAGCCCCACUCCUCAGCGAGGAAGAAGGCGGAGGACCCAUCAACUAGGCACCCCAGCAGACCACCAUCUUUCAAACCCAACACCUCUGGAUUUCUCCCCAACCCCAUCACUUUUAGAUAUUUUAGAAGGAAAUCUCAGCAAAGCAGGUACCUCAAACAGGAAUUUGUGCCAACUGGUCUUGUGGCAGGGACCCAGAACGACGAUCUAUUCUAGGACAGUUUUUAAGCCUUUGUGAAAGAAAGCUGAAGCAGGAUUCGUCAUCGUUCAAGAGCCAGUUCUGUAUUCAGAUCCUCCACACACCUUGUCAGUAUUAACCUCUGUAGCAUUUUGUCCCCAACAUGCUCCCUGGGUAUUCUUCACCAAAACCAUGUUUACAUGAAUAAUAUUUCCGCUUUCGUGAGUGAGGGAAAUGUUACCAAGGGAUGUUGGCUGAUCCGGCAUUGAACAGGGGGUUGGACUACUGGAUGGUCUGCAUGGCCUCUCCAAUUCUGUGAUUCUAUGCUCUCGGGUUACAUUGGUGCUAUCUCUCACUUCCUCAAGGAAAUGGAAAAGGGAGAGAGACUUCUCAGCCAACAAACAUUACACUUUACUCUGUAAACGGUAUAAAUGCAUGAUUAUCUUGAA